AUGGGAGCCGGAAAGGGUGCUCCACCUGGCCUGAAGAUCCAGGCAGGCUUCCUGGAGGAGGCCAAGGACAAGUGGGAAUCCAUCAGAAACUUCACCUCUGACCUCAGUCGUCUCAGCAGGGAAGUGGGCUCCCAGCUGCAGGACCCUUGGCAGCCUUUGAUGCUCCCGACAAAGGCCUGCAGGAGCAGCCUCAUCACAUUCCCAGCGGCCUCAGCAGCCUGGAUCAACGGACGCCGUUUCCACACUGGUCUGGCAGAGCCAGGCAGCUGCAUGACCAGACCCCAGCUGCUGUCCAAGGGUGGCCUCCUUUCUCACCCGGACGAUGCCAUCCUCCACCCCUCUGACCUCCCAGCUCCAGGCCCCUGGUGGCAGCCUCAUCUGACCACCUCCCACCUCUGCGCUGACUCCUACAAUGGCUCCCCUUUGCCUCCAGAUAAAAUCCCUGCUAAUCUGUUCACAAGUGCUCACAAGGACUGCCCCAUGCCCCAGGGCACAGACCCCCUGAACCCAGACCUGCCCUCCAGCCACUCACCCACCAUUGCUCCAGACCAUGUCACUGGCAAGGACAAACAGAUGGAUUUCUGUUGGGAUCCUUGGCAGAGGUGCUUCCAGACCACCAAUGGCUACCUGUCUGACUCCAGAUCCUGCUCCAGCAACUACAACGUGGCAGCCCUGGCCACCUCAUCUCUUGUGGGGGUGGUGCAGAGCAUCAAGGACCACAUCACAAAGCCCACAGCCAUGGCGCGUGGCCGCGUGGCCCACCUCAUAGAGUGGAAGGGCUGGAGUGCCCAGUGGUCAGGCUGGGAGCUAUCGUCCGCCGAGGACGAACAUUACUGCUGCCUCCCAGACGAGCUGCGCGAGGCCCGCUUUGCCGCAGGCGUUGCCGAACAGUUCGCCAUCACAGAGGCCACGCUGAGUGCCUGGUCCUCCCUGGACGACGAGGAGCUCCACCGUGAGAGUAGCACCCAGGACGUUGUCCACCUACAGGACCUGAAGAGCAUCUACCUGCAGGACAGCCUCCUGAGCCCCUCACAAGAUGACAGUCUUCUGGCCUUGUCCUCCCCUGGCCUCUCCCCUGACGGCUGGCCCUCACCCGAGGAACCCCCCAUCACAGCGGCCUGCCCACAGCCCCCCAGCCCCGAACAGCAGCAUCAGCAGCGGCUGCUGAGGGACCCAGCUCAAGGCUCCCUGCCCUUGGUGAACAGCAGCUCCCUCUCCGAGGAGGAGGAUGAGGUGUUCUAUAACUGA